ACAAGUGUGAGUUGGUGACUUGCGCUGCCAACUCAGCUUGCGUUAAGGAUACAGAUGGGAAUACACGAUGCGAUUGCAUCAAGGGCUAUGAAAGGCUUUCGGGCAAUGACAAUUGCGUUGACAAGUGCGCCAAAUGGGAUUGUGGUUCCAACGCCAAGUGCACGACAGUUGAGGACGGAAAUCCGAAAUGUAUUUGCAACACCGGCUUCUCGAUGUACAACGAUUAUGGUUUUCUUUACUGUAGAG